ACUCAUUGAGGGCAUUCACACCAAUGGCCCAACACCCUGCUAUAAAAGGAGCUCCACUGAUACCCAAUCAAUGCACACAAACAUUAGCUAUUAAAAAACAAUACACACACAAACACCAAUCAAAAUGGCACCAAUUGACACUCCAUUAACAUUUAUGGUCCGGCGGCGUGCACCGGAGCUCAUUGCUCCGGCUAAGUCCACGCCGCAGGAACUAAAGCCUCUAUCUGACAUUGACGAUCAAGAAGGCCUUCGGUUUCAAAUCCCGGUAAUUCAAUUUUAUCGCCACGACCCAAAAAUGAAGAAUAAGAAUCCGGCUAGUGUGAUCAGGGAGGCCCUGGCUAAGGUGCUUGUGUUCUACUAUCCGUUUGCUGGCCGGCUUAAAGAAGGCCCGGCCAGGAAACUGAUGGUUGAUUGUACGGGUGAGGGUGUAUUGUUUAUUGAAGCGGAAGCUGAUGUGACACUCAAGCAGUUUGGAGAUGCGCUUCAGCCGCCGUUUCCUUGUUUGGAAGAACUCCUUUAUGAUGUUCCGGGAUCCGGAGGGGUUCUCGACUCACCAUUGCUACUUAUUCAGGUGACAAAAUUAUUAUGUGGAGGUUUUAUUUUUGCUCUACGACUCAACCACACCAUGAGUGAUGCACCGGGGCUCGUUCAAUUCAUGACAGCACUUGGUGAAAUGGCUCAAGGUGCAUCGAAACCUUCAAUUUUGCCGGUGUGGCAAAGGGAGUUGCUUUUUGCACGAGACCCACCACGUGUAACGUGCACUCAUCAUGAGUAUGACAAAGUGGAAGACACUAAGGGUACCAUAAUUCCACUAGAUGACAUGGCGCAUAAAUCAUUUUUCUUUGGACCUGCUGAGGUGUCAGCGUUACGUAGAUUUGUUCCCCCAUACCUUAAAAAUUGUUCCACUUUCGAGGUGCUAACAGCCUGCCUCUGGCGUUGUCGUACCAUCGCGCUCCAACCCGAUCCUGAAGAAGAAAUGCGCAUCAUUUGUAUCGUCAACGCGCGUGCCAAGUUCAAUCCUCCUCUUCCGGUUGGAUAUUACGGAAAUGGGUUCGCCUUCCCGGUUGCCAUUUCCACAGCUAAAGAUCUCGCCACCAAACCGUUGGCCCACGCAUUGGAGCUUGUGAUGAAGGCUAAAUCAGAUGUCAAUGAAGAGUACAUGAGAUCUAUAGCCGAUCUAAUGGUAAUCGAGGGGCGACCCCACUUUACAGUGGUUCGAAGCUACCUAGUCUCAGAUGUGACUCGGGCUGGAUUCGACGUGGUUGACUUUGGGUGGGGGAAGGCGGCUUAUGGUGGACCCGCCAAAGGCGGAGUAGGUGCUAUCCCAGGGGUUGCUAGUUUCUAUAUACCUUUUACAAACCAUAAGGGCGAGUCUGGGAUCGUGGUACCCAUAUGUUUGCCAAACGCAUCAAUGGAUACCUUUGUCAAAGAGCUAAACAACAUGUUGGCUAAAGACAACAACGAUCAAAUGCCCCGAGAUAACAGUUUACACGUUCUUUCCCGACUAUAAAUAUAUUUCAAUACGUGACUCUAUGAUGGUGUAUCAUGUGUAAUAUUUAGUGGUUGUAUUCUAUUACUCUAUUGUGUUGUAUCUGAAUGAUUUUCUAAAGAAUAUUUGUGGCAAAAAUAAUUGAGUUACUUUUUUAUCCA